UGUCUUGUUAGCAGAGUGUUGACACACACUUACAUGAGUUCAGGGAGACACCGCGACUUAUUAGCAUUGUUUGCCGCUAAACCUGGAGCUAUACAGCGGAGUCAGGCUGUCGACUGAAGAUGGGAGACACCCAGUAAGCCCUUCCAUCUGUGUCCAGCACUUUCCUCUCUACCACCAUGACGACGGGUCGUUGCGCUUUGUUGCCAGAAGUUUUGCCAAACCAGUGUCUGACAGCUCAUAUAAGAUGCCGGCCUGAACCUGAAUCCGACUCUGACUCCAUGUAUGGGUUCUCUGCAGAGGCUCUUCCAGGUAAAACCAUGGAGGAGAGCAGCGUGUCAGCCAGUGAGCAGACUCAUUAUUACACACAGGUGUCCUCCAGACUGGACGGUCAGCUGAUGUCUGCAGGGUUGGACGCAUACACCAAACAGUGUGCCCUGACAGAGAGCCCCAUGUGUCGGAUCUGCCAUGACAGUGGGGCCCAGGAGGAGCUGCUGUCCCCGUGUGAAUGUUCUGGGAGCCUGGCUACCAUCCACCGCAGCUGUCUGGAGCACUGGCUGUCUGCCUCAGGAACCAGCCACUGUGAGCUCUGUCACUACCAGUUCACCGUGCAGAGGAAGUCCAGGCCGCUGCUCGAGUGGCUGCAGAACCCGGGUCUUCGUCAGGAGAAGCGCACCCUAUUUGGUGACAUGGUGUGUUUCCUGCUCAUCACGCCUCUGGCCACCAUCUCCGGCUGGCUCUGCCUUCGUGGUGCCAUCGAUCAUCUUCACUUUUCCAGUCGGUUGGAGGCCGUGGGGCUCAUCACACUGACAAUUGCCCUCUUUACCAUCUACCUCUUCUGGACGCUGGUGUCUCUCAGGUAUCACUGUCGACUGUACAACGAGUGGCGACAGUCCAAUCAGAGAGUGGUUCUCCGGUUACACAGUGAACCGUUAGCGCUGCACUCCUUCCAAGGCUCAGAGCGAGGGAAGCAGCCAUCCAAAGAGUCGAUAGUCUGAGCACAGAGCCUGCUCCAAGACAGGCUCUCAUGGACAUUAUUCAUCCUCUGCUCACUUUGCACUUUCAAGUACUCAUCUGAGACCUACUAGAGCUGAUGUCACAUGUGAAUGGAUCAAGCAGUGAAGGAGCACAGUGAGCUGAUGAAGCAGACCCUGAUGGGGGAGGGACCUCUGUCGACCAAACAACAGAGGGAUAAACACUGUGAUUGUCACUUGCAGUAAUAGCACUGCACCUUAGACGUAAUGAAGAUAUUAUGGCUCUAGCAUUACUUCAAAUAACAGGACCAUUCGACAUUAAUGGAAAUCUUGUUGGCUCAUUCAGAUGAGAAGUUUCCCAAAAUAUCAGACUGUUCCUUUUAAAAAUGACUGUUCUGUAAGCACUUACUUCAGCAGAAACAAGUAAGAUGUGGAUGUCUAUAUUUUAGCAGCAUAAACAAAGACAUGGAUGAAGAUGUUUGAUGUCAAGUGGUGCACAGCCUUAAAGUCCUCUCAUGGUACAUUAAAGUGUAUUAACAAGCCAGUGGAGAGUUUUUGGCACUUCUGAUUGAUAGACACAUUUAAACCAAAGGUUAUUUUUUGUAUUUGUUGUUUGUUCUGUUUUAUGUGUGUGUUGAUUGAAAAU